AUGUGGCUCUUCAUUACGGUACUGAUAUGGACAACAAAUUCCUAUGCGGAGGCUAAGCGUGAUUUUGUCCUAGAAAUUCAUGAAUUUCUGUUAAACAACACUUCACCGAGCUUUGUAAAAACGUUGAACUAUAAAUUGACUCGUCAAAAAUAUCUGACAUUAGAAAUUGCUCUCAAUCGUUAUGUGAAUGAAAUAGAGCUAAAAUUCAACUUUGAUAUGCUGAAAAAAGACAAUAAACGUGUAAAUAUCUUGGACAUAAGUAUAGAUGGAUGUAAAGGCCUAGAGUCGGCUUAUAAUUUGCCUUUGAUAGCAACCAUUAUUAAGGAGGUAUUUCGCAAGGGGAAUUUACCGAAAAGUUGUCCCAUAAAACCUGAUGUUUUAUACUACAUACGUAAUUACACAUUUAAUGAAGAAGACUAUCCCAGAUACACACCAAUUAUGUCAUUUCAAACUUUUACAGAAAUUUAUUUCGACAAACAAUAUCAAGGUUUCUUGAAGCUGCGAGGAAGAGUUCGAAAGCGCUAA